UCUCUAUCCAUAUCCGUCCACCUACUUAGUCUCCUUUGCCCUCAUUGCCGCAACUCAUAAGACCUGUGCCUGCUCAACUCGCCUUUCAAAAUAUAAAGGACAGGUCAAAUAUGGCAUCGUUUAGGCGUUUUGUGCAGACCGGCAGGAAUGUUGCUUCAGUGCUUUUGCGAAGGGAGUUUCACAAAACACCGUCGGCCUCUGCACAGGUGACGGUGCGAGAUGCGCUGAACCUAGCGAUGGACGAAGAGAUGGAGAGGGAUGAACGUGUGUUUCUUCUCGGAGAGGAAGUGGCGCAAUAUGAUGGUGCCUACAAGGUCAGCAGAGGACUCUGGAAGAAAUAUGGGGACAACCGCAUUAUGGACACCCCUAUAACAGAGAUGGGAUUUGCAGGUAUUGCUGUUGGUGCUGCAAUGGCUGGCCUGAGGCCCAUUUGCGAGUUCAUGACCUUCAACUUUUCCAUGCAAGCCAUUGACCAGGUCAUCAACUCUGCGGCCAAGACGUACUACAUGUCCGCCGGCCUGCAGCCCGUGCCGAUCGUGUUCCGGGGGCCCAACGGCUCCUCGGCCGGGGUGGCUGCCCAGCACUCUCAGUGCUUCGCGGCGUGGUACGGACACUGCCCCGGGCUGAAGGUGGUGAGCCCCUGGAACGCCGAAGACGCCAGGGGACUGCUGAAGGCGGCCAUCAGAGACGAUAAUCCCGUGGUGUUUUUGGAGAAUGAGCUCAUGUACGGCGUUGCAUUUGAGAUGUCGGAGGAAUCGCAGGCCAAAGACUUCACUAUACCCAUCGGAAAGGCUAAGAUCGAACGACAAGGGAGUCACUUCACACUUGUGUCACAUUCUCGAUGUGUGAGUUUCUGUCUCGACGCUGCCGCCGUCUUGGCGAAGGAGGGCAUUGAAUGUGAGGUGAUUAACCUGCGCACCAUCAGACCUCUGGAUGUGGAGGCCAUCGAGGCCAGUGUGAUGAAAACCAACCACCUGAUCACGGUGGAGGGAGGGUGGCCUCAGUUUGGGGUUGGAGCUGAGAUAUGCGCACGGAUCAUGGAAGGUCCGGCUUUCAACUAUCUGGAUGCGCCAGCUAUUCGAGUGACUGGUGUAGAUAUCCCCAUGCCUUAUGCCAAGAUCUUGGAAGACAACAGUGUACCUCAGGUUAAGGACAUCAUAUUUUCAGUGAAAAAGACUCUGAAUGUCUAAUGAGACUCGUUCAGUUACUGGGCUCCAAAGUUACUCUCCCUCUCCCCUUGUGCCAUGUCUUUCCCGUGCAUGCAUCAGGUUGUCUCACCAACUUUUAAUUUUGUUUCCUUUCUCACAACACUAGCAUCUCGGUUUAUAUGUUGGGGUUUCUAUCCAUGUUUUGGACCAUAUGAGCUUUGAUCAGCGAUGGCCUCUUAUCAAUUACAGUUGUACAUUGUAGCAAAUCCUAUUUAUUUAUUUUGAAGGAAUACAUCAACUUAAGGGUCAGUAAUGUUACCCCCCCAGUGUUAUCAAUAAACCUACAGCCGAUUGUUCCACUUCCUCAAAUGUGUCUCUAGAAUUUGAUUAAACAUUUCCCCAAAAGUUGUGUUCCAUUUUGUUUAGGCCUAAAAGUUAAUCAUCUUUUCACGAUGGUGGUGUCGCACAGCUGUACUCUGGUUAAAUAAAUAAACACAACCAUAUCGAACCCCUUCUGUCCCACCAACACUGGAAUUGAUUGCAGUAGGUUUACAAUAAACAGUCUAAGCUUA